AUGACAGAGGCGGAGGGUGAGGAGACGCGAACUGCUACAUGCCUCACACCGAGGUGAGAGCAGAUACGGCGACUUGUGUGUGUGCAUUAAUUUAUACUGGGAGUAGACUUGUGCAGCACCUACCACACUCUCUCCUUCUCCCCAACCUUGACCCGGUGUCCAAGAAGACCGGAGGUAGAAGAGGGCGCAGGUGGCUGCCACGGCCGGACCCACAUCCCUGGGCGUACCACCACACCCGCUGGUCCACACCAAAGACUUGACCAAGAUUUUACCUAACGGUAGCAUCACAACGGGCCAGAAAGAUGACGAGGAUGAGUGGGUAGCCAUGCUCGCGACCUGUAUUCCCGGCGGGAGCGCAAGCGCAUCUACCGCUGGAGAAAUGGCAGCGCGUACCAGGCUGUAAAGGACUGUGGAUUACUGAGUCUGACAUAGCAGGUGCUUACAAUAAUUGAGACCCAGAGAGGGACGCGCAUUUCUGCAUUUGCCCGGGUCAUUACUUCUCAAAGGCUGGGCAACGACGCUCCCUAAAUCAUGUUCUUCUCACAGAGCCCUGGUAAACCAAUUUUAUCCAACACACCUUUACUGAAAAGUAAGAUACUUGGGGUUUCAUGUACUGGCGGAAUUCUGAUAAUUUUAGUCCUGACGUCAUCCGUCCAGCUGUUCGUCCUUCCACACCAGUAAUCCCAUUUGUGAGUGCCUGGGAAAGAUCAGCUGAUCAGUUUGUCUAAAAAUGAGACUUAUCGGAGAUCCAUAGAUGUUUUGGGAGAUUUUGAAUAAGUCGUAUUGACCCAACUGUGAAAAACUCAGGGCAUCGGUGGGAUUCGAACCCUCGCAGUAAGGAGAAGGCUUUAGUACUGUCACCUGAAGAAGAGGAGGCGUUCACCGGGAGAGGUGUAUUUGAGGUCUGACGUUUCGGGUAGUCGUUUCUUCUACCCAUCUUCAGAGACUGAGCAGUCGUGCACACAGCUUUCCUUUUAUGGCGCACUUUGUUCAAUGCCUCAAAUGCACCUCUCCCGGUGAACGCCUCCUCUUCUUUUGAUAUGCCACGCGGGAAUCGCAUUUUCACUACUAUUGACAGUCAUCUGAGCUACGAGGCCCCGCCGGAGGACGCGAGUUUAAUCACAUUUGGGUCAAGUUACCCGCCCAACCUACUGCAAGGUCUGGAAUCCACCAAAUCUGAUACAGUAAGUUGACUGCCCAAGCAGGAUUUCUUAAGUAAUUCACCUAGAAUCCACCAUAUUUGGUGGAUUCCACACGAUGCAGUAGGUUGGGCGGGUAACGUGACCCAACUGUGAUUAACUCGCGUCGUUCGACCGGGCCUCGUAGUUUUAGUGGUUAGAGUGUUGGCUGUACAAAGCCUUCCCCUCACUGCGUGGGUUCGAGUCCCACCGACGCGCCGAGUUUUGCACAGUUGGGUCAAUAAUAUCUAUCGGAGACUUUGUGAGGAAGCCUUGAAACGUAUUCUGAAACUUUUCAAUUUCCUCAGAAUUUCAUAGUUCACUUGCCGGGCAGCCAUUAUGACUGGUCUGGCGUCACUGUUCAAGACCUCGCUGCCUCACGUUCAUUCACCCCUUUGCAGUCAGCCGUUCCAGACGCGCUGACCUGAAGUCACACGACCGACAGCUCGGGCAUACCCGUGCCUGCACAGCCGCAGCUGCCUUGGCGGCCACUUCAACGCAACCCACCCCCUGCAACGAGCAAAACAAGCCACUGGGACACCACCCCUCGGCAAAUGCCACGCACACCGAUUGGCGACAACUUGAGCUUGGCCCACGAGUUCUGAGCCCAAUAAACUCCUCAUUCUAGUGCCUUCUGUCUACUCCCACCCAACAUGGGAUUCGAACUGGUGGUUGUAGCGUUCAGAGCACUUAUUCUCAUUGCUGUUCCGCUACAGAUACGCAGCUAAAACCCCAGACACGUGUUUCGCCAUUUAGUUACCACCUCUGUUGUCAGAUAUUGCGUAUCGUGCAACGAACCCUGUAAAAUCGCUGACACGCGAAAUCAAUGCUACGAUGUUGGCCUUGGAGAACUCAGGUGCAAUAACACCGACCGACAGACGCAUGGCGAGACCCCAAGAUACGGAUUUGGCCCGAUUCUGUGGUCUCCCUAAGGUGCACAAAGACGGCGCUCCUCUCCGACCCAUCGUGUCACUCAAAGGUACUCCAACGCACGGACUGGCUAAGUGGCUGUUCCGGCGUCUCAAGUUCCUGACCGCUGAGUCAGACACCACGGUCUCUUCGUCAGCAGAAUUCCUGGAGAAACUCAAAGGGGUAAGCCUCCAUCCAAAUGAGGUCAUGGUAUCUUUUGAUGUUGCAUCCCUUUUUACUUCUAUUCCCCAGGACCUGGCGAUCGAGAUAAUCGAGCUGCUUCUACAAAGCAAAUACGAUGAAACGGAGAAUCGUCUUGGACGCGCCCAAGUCCUUCAGCUCCUGAAGUUCUGUCUCAGGACGUACUUAACGUUCGACGGGACAAUCUACGAACAAGUGAAGGGCACACCAAUGGGUUCGCCUAUUUCGGGGUUAAUCGCCGAGGCGGUCCUGCAACGGUUAGAGUCGCUGGUCUUCCAACACCACAAACCGAAGUUCUGGGCCCGGUAUGUGGAUGAUACCUUCGUCGUUAUCGAUCGGGAUCAACUGCUGACAUUCAAAGAACGUCUGAAUGCGGUCUUCCCGGACAUACAAUUUACGAUAGAGGAGGAAGAGAUCAACCAGCUGGCCUCCCUGGAUGUCCUCGUAUGCCGCAAGGAUUGCGGUGGACUAAAGACCAAAGUGUUCAGGAAAGCGACAGAUACGAUGCAAAUACCGAACUUUAACAGUAACCACCCAAUCAGCCACAAACGCAGUUGUGUAAGGACGCUCUAUCGGCGUGUCGAAACUCACUGCAGCGAGCCGGAAGACAAGAUUGCUGAACUACAAUACCUCCGACGGGUCUUCAAAGCCAAUGGCUACCCGCGCAACUUUGUCAACCGGUGCAUACGCAAAAUGGACGAAAGGCCUAACCGCACGGACACCAGAGUUUGGCGAGCGCUUCCAUAUGUCCAGAACGUUUCGGAAGCUGUUGGCCGCCUUCUCGCACCACUUGGGGUCGGAGUUGCACACAGGCCGGAGGCAACCAUCAGGCGUCACUUGAUGAAACCAAAAAACCCACUGCCACGGCAAGAAACGUCUGGAGUCGUUUAUCGGAUCUGGUGCAGUUGCGGACAAAGCAACUACGUCGGAGAAACCGGAAGACAGCUCCGAACGCGAAUGGCCGAACACGCUGCAGCAGUGCGGAGAAAUGACGCCAGCUCUCAAGUUGCGGCUCAUUCGACGGGUUCCGGCCACACAUUCAAAUUUGACGAGGCCGAAAUUCUCGCAGGAGGUGACAACCGCGUGAGCCGGGAGCUGCUUGAGUCAUAG